AUGGCGAACGAGAGGUGGCUAUUGCUAGACAAGCUGAAAAGGGCGGUCAAGAAAAUCAAAUUCCUAAUAAACUUCAACCUAAAUAAAUGGAAGCUCGCAUCCAUUAUUGGUGUGUCGUCCGGCAAGAAAAGACUGAGCUUCAACGACCGGGCUGGAUUGAGGGCCUGUGUGGAUGAUGUGGGCCCGCUGGGCCCAAACAACCCGGGCUCGUCAAACGGCCGGAGCCUGCAGAGGACCAUAAGCUACCCGUCAUCAGAAGACGAUAUUGAUAAAAGGGCAGAAGCUUUUAUUGCAAACUUCUACAAGCAGCUUCAGUAUGAGAGGCAAAUAUCAUUGGAGCUUAGGUACUAUAGGGGUGAUAGCUUUGUCGCUGGAGAAUCUGGGAUCCACGUGCCAGCGGAUGAGUUGCGGCAAUUAUUGGGAAGAUCGACACCGACAGGGGACCAGGUGGACGUCGGGGAGUUCGGCGCCCUAUACGUGGCGGUGAUGGCCGAUAGCGGAGCACGAAUUCAGGGUGACCACGUGGAGCACCAUGGCUACGCCCAUAAGCCAUUAUCACUUCCGAUUAGUUCCAGGCAAUUUUUUUGGUCUGCAUCGAGCAUCCUCGGCUGCAUCGAACAGUCCCUUGAGACGGUCCGUUACGGCCGACCGACAAGCAUAAAGGGUUUGACGGCCCGAGCUAACGGACAUGGACCGGUCAAUGCCAAGGUUUGGACACACGACAGCCGUAAAGCAUCCUUAAUUUACAACGUGCUGAAAAGGGACAACAACAUUCGGAGUGCGAGAACCUCGAUUUUGUUGGCCGUGAUGCAUACCGAGAGGAGGCUCCACCAGUUUAUGUUUUCUGACCAAGACUGUGAGAGGAGGGUUGUGGAUUGGAAUAAGCUUAUGUUUGAUGUUGUGUGCACGUUGACCGAUAUGCGGUAUGUUGUUUUCCACUCCACGGUCGACACAUCCGAGGUGCGGCGUCUGACACCAAUUAGCUCCAAGGCCAAGAAGGAGUGUGUGAUUUUUUGUUUACAGGCAUCGAUCGAGAGAAGGGCAUCUAAGGGAGUGAGGAUCGAGCUGUGUGCGGACGAUAGAAAAUGUCUGUUGGCGGACAUGAUGCGGACUUUUCAUGAAAACGGGCUGAGAUAUCGACAGCCUGGGAUACCCAGAACACUCAGUAAGAGAAAAGAUUGGUUUAGAGAAUCUGAAAAUUACAAAAUUUCCAUCCCCGUGCUGAUGGAAGGUCGAGAGGGAAGGCCCACGCGUGCUGAUCUCGCUCGGGAGCAUGGUUGGGAUGAGUUUGAAUUACUUUGGGCUGAUUAA